UAGUGCACUGUACACAGACCGACCAAUCCAUUAGACAAUUCGAAAACGGUUUCGUGAAUUGAUGUCGGUUCACCUAAAUUUUCUCUUCGCAAUAAAAAGUGGGGUCCGAACGAACUUCCAUUGCAUGGGAGUGAACUCUAUAUAAGACCAACGCCAACUUCAGAUAAAGGCACAUCCUUCACGACCACAUAAGCAAUUAAUUAAGCACUCUAAAACAUAUCUUUAUUUCCUUGUCUACAUAUCUUGAAAAACUCAAUCAUGGCUAGUGUUUCUUCGGUUUUAGCUCCAUUUAGAAGGCUUGAUGGGAAGGUGGCGAUUAUCACUGGUGGUGCGAGUGGUCUAGGUGCAGCCACUGCAAGACUCUUCUCUAAGCAUGGAGCAUAUGUAGUCAUAGCUGAUAUUCAAGACGACUUGGGUCUCUCUGUUGCCAAAGAGUUAGAAUCUGCUUCCUAUGUCCAUUGCGAUGUGACAAAGGAAGAGGACGUUGAAAACUGCGUGAACACAACGGUUUCCAAGUAUGGCAAAUUAGAUAUCAUGUUUAACAAUGCAGGUGUAUCUGAUGAGAUCAAAACAAGCAUUCUUGACAACAACAAGUCUGAUUUUGAGAGAGUGAUAAGUGUUAACUUGGUUGGUCCUUUUCUGGGAACAAAGCAUGCUGCAAGGGUCAUGAUUCCUGCUAAAAAGGGAUGCAUAAUCAACACAGCUAGUGUUGCUGGAUGCAUAGGUGGAGGUGCUACACAUGCCUACACAAGUUCAAAGCACGCACUAAUUGGACUGACAAAAAACACUGCGGUGGAGCUUGGACAACAUGGUAUUAGGGUAAAUUGUUUGUCCCCUUAUCUUGUUGUCACACCGUUAAGUAAGAAAUAUUUCAAUAUUGAUGAAGACAAAAUUCGUGAGAUAUAUUCAAACCUAAAAGGUGCUCAUCUUGUGCCUAACGAUGUGGCCGAAGCUGCUCUUUACUUGGCAGGUGAUGAGUCCAAGUAUGUUAGUGGUCACAAUCUUGUGAUAGAUGGAGGGUACACUGAUGUAAAUGCAGGAUUUACCGUGUUUGGGCAGUCUCAGUAAAAAUUGUAGCUGUGUCUUCAAAGUUAAAUCAUUAUUGUUGGUGUUUGAAGUGUCUGUGUUUCGAUGGCCCUGUAGUUCAGAAACUUGAGCUGUUAGCAUGUGUGAAGAAAAAGAAGGCAAAUUAAUACAGGGUGAUAUGAUACCUGCCUUACUGAUUAUCGUGGAUGUGUGUGAAGUGUCUGUAUUCGUGCUGUUUUGGCUUUCGUGACUCUGUUUCGAUUGCUUUGAAGUUCAAAAACUUUAUAGGAUUAUAUUAAUAUAUAUGCCUCACUCUUAGCUAGCA